GAGAAAGAAAGAGGUAUAUUCUAACAAACUUAUUCAUCGAUGCAAUAAGUGAUAGUGAGUGCAGUAUUUCCCUAUUGCGCUUGUAGUUCAUAUUUUGUCCAUACUUGUCGCUGAGGUCAUAUUGCUCUACGAGCGAGAGCUAGAGAACAGCCUUAAAUGAUGUUUGUGUAUAGCUCAAUGUUUAUUAUAUUUGGAUUAUUUUUCAUGCUUUUUUGUGACACAUCUUUAGCAAAAUGUAAUCCAAUCAGCUUUUGUACUUGCGUCGUUCCUAGUAAUGAAGUUAAGAAAUUAAUUAACCUUAUAGAUAAAGGAAUAUUAGACAAGAAAGUGUCUCAUACAUUGUAUAUCGAUUUUUGUGCAAAUGUACCAGUAAAAACUAACGAUGAAUUCCAGUGUACUAAACAAAAUGGAUCGUUCUGUGCUACUACAUCUUACACAACAAAAUUUACUGACUUAGGAAUUGUGAAUCAGUCAAAUAUAGAUUUGGUAUUAGGAUACAAUGAUAUAACAAUAUCUAUUAUUAAUCCAAAUUUAACUGUUAAUGUAACAACAACCGUUAAUUGUUGCACAGGAUGUACCACACAAUUUGUUUCCGAUAAUAUUAUCUAUCACGUUCCACCAUCAGGGACAAUAAAUCCAUGUAAAAAAAAAACGUCUACUGGCACCAUUUCUAUGGGAUCUACUUUAGUAAUUCUAUUAUUUGUGUUCAGUGGAUUAUAUUUUAUCGGUGGUGCGAUAGCAUUAAAAUUGUUAAGAGGUGCAACCGGUUGGGAAAUGUUACCAAAUCAUGAGUUCUGGUGUGAUCUUCCAUCGCUUAUUCGAGAUGGCAUUACUUUCACAUUUAACUGCUGUAGAGCAGAUAGUUACGAAAGAAUAUAAAUCUCUAAGGCAAUUCUAUUUAUAUUAUUUUUUUAUACUAUAUCUAAUGUGUACAAACUUGGCCCUACUUUAUACAUCUUUAAAUAGUGUGUUUAUAAAUAACCAAAAUGUUAAAUCUUUCUCUAGAUUUUUAAAUUGUGACAUAUCUGUGCUAUGACAUUUGAUAAUGGAGAUAAAAGUUAUUUAAUAUAGCAUAUACAGUUGCUUGUUACUAAUGUAAUUUAUAAUCUGAAAAUUUUACUAUUUUGUGAACAUUAAUUAUUUUACAUAUUUUUUACAGUAUACAAGCAUAUAUACAUGCAUCUAUAAUCAUACACAACAUACACACACACACACGCACACACGCAUAUAUAUAUAUGUUUAUACCUAUAUAUAUAUAUAUAUGCACACAUAUAUAUAGACACAUAUAUUUUAUUAUUUUUGCCUACAUAUAUUAUCGUGUACAUACUAUAAAUGAGAGAAUGUGAUAUUUGUUAUGGAUUUAACGUAUAAAUGCUAGUAUAUAUUAUAACAUUAAGAUACAAACAUAAAUCUCAAUUAAGUUUCUUUAAGCAAAAGACAAUGUAAGAAGAAUAAAGAGUAAUAAUAAGAUACCAAAAA